GGGGCACUGAAUGCAGUAUUAAUCGGACUGAUGUCCCGUUGACUCACUUUCUGACCGUUUGUCUCCACAACACGUGUCUAUUGUUUACGCCAUGUGUUCGCCGGCGGACGACAGCCCCAGUACUGUCCCCUACUCUCCACACCACUCCCUAUGGAGUGGUUCUGGAUCUGAUUCUGGAUCUGAUUCUGGAUCUGAGUCGCCUUCUGGGUCUGAU